CGUGCGGCCCUUCUCUGGUGCUGUGCGGGGUUGGGCAAAGAGAUAUAUUUUUUCUCUCUCUCUCUCUCCCCACCCCGUAAAGGGUGAGCGACCCAGGCUGAAGAGCUGGAAGAGACAGAGGAGCUCGAGGAGUUAGAGGAGGAAGACGCCGAGAUGGGGAGUGGAGCGAGCGCUGAAGAUAAAGAACUGGCCAAAAGGUCCAAGGAGCUGGAGAAGAAACUCCAGGAAGAUGGAGACAAGGAGGCGAAGACAGUCAAGCUGCUCCUGUUAGGUGCCGGGGAGUCAGGCAAGAGCACAAUCGUCAAACAGAUGAAGAUUAUCCACCAAGAUGGUUACACGGAAGAAGAGUGCCUGGAAUUCAAGUCCAUCAUCUAUGGCAACGUGCUGCAGUCAAUCCUGGCUAUCAUCCGAGCCAUGUCCACGCUGGGGAUAGAUUACGCCGAACCAGGGAGAGGGGAUGAUGGGCGGCAGCUGUGCAACUUGGCAGAUUCCAUCGAGGAGGGCACCAUGCCCCCGGAGCUAGUAGACUGUAUAAAAAAGCUGUGGAAAGAUGCGGGAGUCCAGGCCUGUUUUGACAGAGCAGCUGAGUACCAGCUCAAUGACUCCGCUUCCUACUACCUGAACCAGCGGGAUCGGAUACAGCCCCGAUUACUCCCCAAUGAACAGGAUGUACUACGAUCUCGAGUGAAGACUACGGGGAUCAUAGAUGACCAAGUUCGCCGCAAAGACCUUAACUUCAGGUGAGCAUAUAUGCACGAUGUUUGUACGUGGGGAGGACAGCGUGUCAUGAGCUCAAGACAGUGGAUCCACUGCUUCGAAGGCGUGACCUGCAUUAUCUUCUGUGGUGCCCUCAGCGCCUAUGACAUGGUCCUGUGUGAGGAACAAGCUUGAAACCGCAUGCACGAGUCCCUGCAUCUGUUCAACAGUAUAUGCAACCACAAGUUCUUUGCUGCCACCUCCAUUAUUCUGUUCCUCAACAAGAAGGACCUCUUUGAGGAAAAGAUCAAGAAGGUCCACCUCAGCAUUUGCUUCCCAGAUUACGACGGUCCCAAUACAUUUGAAGAUGCAGGAAAUUACAUCAAGAAUCAGUUCCUUGAUCUCAACAUGCGAAAAGAUGUGAAAGAAAUCUACAGUCAUAUGACCUGUGCCACAGACACACAGAACGUUAAAUUUGUGUUUGACGCAGUUACGGAUGUCAUCAUCAAAGAGAACCUCAAGGACUGUGGUCUCUUCUAGAACUCCAACUUUUGCAGGUACUGUAACUUCAACCAGAGAACUAAAAGCCCAUUGCAAGUCACAAUUUAGUCACUUUUACUA